GAUAGCCGCACGCCGCGAUAUCAACACGGACCUCCGCAGUCUCCACGUUUUCUAGUCUUUUCCUGUUUCUCUGUAGACUGUUGGAUACAUCAAACUUUGACAAAGGAUACUGACACAUAAUCAAAAAUUCAGUGAGGAUACGGAGAAACAUUAGGGAACAUCGGGGAACGAUUUUGUCUUUUUUGGUCUGUCCCUGAGGAUUUUUACGGAUUGUUUGUCAGUGUCAACUGGGAUUUCUUGUAUGUUUUGAGAGCUGAAACUGUACACGGGAUUUCUUUAGAAGUUUGGGUUGGCAUCCUUUCUAGGCUUGGGAGUUUCAUGUGGCACUUGUAGAGGGACCAACGGAGCCAACACACACACACACACACACACACACAGACGUACAAGAAGAACUUCCCACUGGAAAAGGACAGCGCUAUCGCAAACCGCUCAGAAUGUAUCCGAGGUGCUUGCUCUUUUUCCUGAACAUCUCACUUUUAGCGCAUGUGUUGAUGGCUUAUGAAUGCACGCCAUGUGAUCUCCGGACAUGCCCGUUCAAAGCACCGCGUGCCUGCGAGAGCGGUCGGACUCUGGCCAAAGAUCCGUGCGGAUGCUGCGAUCAGUGUACCCGGCUGGAAUGGGAACUCUGUGGUGGUCAAGAUUGGGCACUGGGUUAUUGUGCUUUGGGACUGACCUGCGCCUAUGUCAACCAGACAGGGCUUGUAAAUACCCGCAAUCCUGAUGCCGAAGUUGGAGUUUGUAAAGCUUUGCCGGAGUUCCCUGAUGCAGGCCUGGAGGAUGAGCACUGUCCGUUGGUCAGUGGCUGUGACCGGACAGGAGGAAAGUGCGUCUGUGACUCCCGACACUCGUGCCUGACCUCCUUUACCUACCCCGACAAAGAGGCUUGUGCCCGGGCCACCAAGUCAGAGGGGAGACGGCAUGACCGUGAGCACCGUGAAAGGCACAGGGAGAAGUUUGUGGGACUGACCAACCCAGCCUGCUCCUUCUCUGGCUGCAACCUGACAGCCGACGGCUGCGCCUGCCAGUCCCAGAGCUGCCACGACCACUUCACCUACCCUGACCGCAGCCAGUGCCAGCAGGCCGCAGAGGAGCUGAAGUGUGUGGGCAUCACGUGUCCACCCCUGGCCACGCCUGAUUGCCCUGGGGACUCGGUGCUGACGCUGGGCUACAUGCCACCAGCCGCCUGCUGCCCCUCCCUUCCCCCCCGAUGCACCUGUGGCACGUGCCCUCCGCCCCCCCUCUGCCCUGCUGGCCAGAAGGCUGUACCCCUCCACCAGGCCACCGGUGCACCCGGCGACUGUUGCCACGACUACGAGUGCCAGAGAGUCUCACCUAAAUGUUCUCACAAUGGCAAGGAGUUCUCGGAGGGCGAGGUGUACCGCAUGGAUGCCUGCUGGCUGUGCCAGUGCCGUGGCGGCAUCUCCUUCUGCUCCAAGGCCGAGUGCGCCAAGCUCGACUGUGACAACUUCUACAUCCCCGAGGGAGAGUGCUGCCCUGUGUGCAUAGAUGUCGAGCUGUUGUCUCGUGACAGUACCAAGGCGAGCUGCUGGGUGAACCACAAGCUGCGUCAGCAUGAGGAGCAGUGGAAGGAGGACGACUGCACCUUCUGCCAGUGUGUGGAUGGGGACCCACACUGCACUGCCAUGGCCUGCAAGCAGAGCUGCCAGAACCCAGUCAAAAUACCAGGAGAGUGCUGCCCCUUUUGUGAAGAGCCUUCAUAUGAAACUGUGAGUCCGCUCUUGUGUCCACCAUUGGAGAACUGUACCCUCUCUGGCAUGGAUUGUCCCUAUGGUUUCCAGCAAGACAGCAACGGAUGCCUACUGUGCCAGUGUCUCAGCAAUGACUCCUGUCCAGACUUGGCCAACUACUGCUCGCUGGAUUGUCCCAUGGGAUACGAGAAGGAUGACUUUGGUUGUGAGGUGUGCGAGUGUAACCCCCCUGUGCCCAGGUGUCGCCCUCUCACCUGCAGCAAGACCUGCCCUUAUGGAUAUGUAAGGAACAAGCAUGGAUGUGAGAUGUGUCGCUGUGUCAAGUGUCCCCCCUUCACCUGUGAGAAGCACUGCAGUGAUGGCUACCAGCAAAACAGAAAGGGCUGCAGUGUGUGUCUGUGCAAAGAGAGUGCCCGUGCACCCACCACCUCCACCACCACCACCUCCUCCUCCGCAGUGCUGCCCCUACCCAGCUACUGCCUCACGGCCAACGGCAGACGCUACGAGGAGGCCGAGAGCUGGCACGACGGAUGCCGUGAUUGCUACUGCCACGCUGGCCGGGAGAUGUGCGUCCUCAUCUCCUGCCCCGCUCCCGCCUGCUCCAGUCCAGUGGUCCGGCCCAACCAGUGCUGCCCCAGCUGUGAAGAUGAGUCCGGUAGCGGGCAGCCAGAGGGCAUGGACCUGGUGGUGUGCCGAGCCCCUGGAGGGGAACUCUACGUGGAGGGGGAGACGUGGAACCUGGACGAGUGCACACACUGCACCUGCAGGAAGGGCCGGGUGCUGUGUGACACAGAAGUCUGUCCCCCUGCCCUGUGCCAGUCACCUACCAGGAACAAAGACACCUGCUGCCACGUCUGCCCAGAAGACAAGCUCAAGCCCCUCCUCCCAGUCAACGGCAGCCAACAGGAGUACUGUAUCUCCAGCGAUGGAGACGUGCUAUUGGCCGGCGACUCAUGGAAGGCCAACGCCUGCACCAGCUGCACCUGCAGGAAUGGCAGCAUCCAGUGCUUCUCCCAGCGGUGCCCGCCUGCCAAUUGCCGGGUGCCUGUCCUCCGCAAGGGACAAUGCUGCCCACACUGUCUGGAGGCUACAACCACUUCGGUGCCAAUUCUUCUCUCCACCACGACAACCACACCUCAGACAUCCAUCACCUCCACCACGCAAAGCAGUGUGGCAUGGAUCACCACGGCAACGGUGCCACCUAUUAUUGCAUCAACAGACGGUAAGGGCUUGAGUGAAGGCUCCCCGACUCAGACCGAGAUGGCCCUGAUCUACCAAUCAGCGGCGUGGAUCUUGGCUGGCCUCCUCUUUGCCAUUGUCAUUUUCCUGGUCGUGGCGCUCCUCAUCAACAAAAAGAAGAAGUGGGUGCAGAUGUCCUGCUACAGCGCCCCCAAAAAGACAGUGAUUCUUAAGAAGCAUGUGAACAAGAACUCAGUGGUCUACAUGGAACCGUCCAAGGAGAACAAGUUCCAGAGCGUGAAGAACGACUGCGGCAUCAACUUCUCCUCAGACAUGGGAUCUCCUUGUGUGGACAGAGGGAUGAGCAUCCCUCGAGCCAAACUCUGCAACGGACACGGGAAGGUCCAGCGCUAGGGCGAAAACAAACUAAACACACACAUCACACUUACCUGCACACACCCAUACACACUACACAAUCCCCACAUACACAUUGCCACAGUGAGUGGCAAUACAUGACUGAACAAUGUGUUUUCACUUGGUCACAGACACAUUCACAAACAAACACAGACAAACACACACACACACACACACACACACACACACACACACACAACCAGAGGUGUCUCAACAAGAAACACUAAUAGAUCUCUGUUUGGAUUCGUUCUCUUUUCACUGGAGACAAGGAGAGCAUUUUGCAACAUGUGACGAUGCCUAUGACUACCGUGUUACCUUUCCCCCAUUUGGAGCUUUAACCUGCAUCACAGAUACAUGGAAGAAACAUGGCGGAGCAGUGCUCUGCAACAUGUACAUGCCAAGGGUGCCGUCACACACUAUGCCGUGUCUACAUCUGAGAAAGAAAAACUUGAGGCAAAUUGUUUAAUGAGCCACAUAGAGGGCUUUGACUGAACACCAUGGACUUCUGAGCGACAACAUUAUGAAUCAAUCCAAAACCAUGUUGUCUUGUGGGAGAAGGAAAAGCUUUAGGGCAGGUGUUGGAUUCUGACAGGGCUUAGAGAUCUGCUUGUGGCUCGUGAGGCUGUGUGCCCCUACUGGAAUUGGACAUCACACACCAGCUAACCGGCUAAUGCACUACGCAGCAUAGCAGACUGAAGGACGUAAUAGAUGACCAACAUUCCUAAAGGUUCAAUCACAGAAGACCCUGAAAAGCCCUCAAGAAUGGAUUCCUUAAAUAACCUCACUUCUCUUAGGAGUGGAGUCCAACUUACCAUUUUUAUAUACAUAUAUCUCCACUUGUAUUAUUCAAACAUAUUAUUUUUAGUCACGUUUAUGCCUUUGUUUUGGCUAUCUCCUUAGCGGUGAUAUAAAACAACUGAAACUCUAGACUAAACAUCCCUACGAGUAAGUUUUAUGAGGUAAUCUGCCUCAUUGAAAAACCAAAGCCUGGCUUCUUUG